GCCUUUGUCCUCUCACCACUUUGUCCUCUGCGUUUUCAUUAGCUCUUCAUUUGUCUUAGAUCAGCAUCAUUGUCACUGAGUCUAAGAUUCUCCCUUUAUAUAAAGAUUCUCGAGGAGUGAGUAAAACCAACGAUAAGCAUCCCUCAUCGACUACAAAUGGAGAUUGAGUGCCCAAAAUAUGAUACCCUUUUGUUUGAUCUUGAUGAUACCCUUUAUCCAUUGAGCUCUGGGAUUUCUAAAGAAUGUGGACAGAACAUCAAAGAUUACAUGGUGGAGAAGCUUGGAAUUGACAAGAAUAAGAUCCUGGAGUUAUCUAAUUCACUAUACAAGAAUUAUGGAACUACCAUGGCCGGUCUUCGAGCUAUAGGUUAUGACUUCGAUUACGACGAGUAUCACAGUUUUGUACACGGGAGACUACCUUAUGAGAACAUCAAACCAGAUCCCAUUUUGAGAAGUCUCUUACUUAGCCUGCCUCUUCGCAAGAUCAUCUUCACGAACGCAGAUAAGUUACACGCAGCAAGAGCCCUAGAGAGGCUAGGGUUAGAGGACUGUUUCCAAGGAAUACUUUGCUUUGAAUCAUUGAAUUCUACUAGUCUUGACAACGUCAGUGAGGACAAGACAGAGAUAUUCGACAUCAUCGGAUACUUAUCCGAUCAUGAACAGCCAGUUACCGGUAUACCUAAGACACCUAUUGUCUGCAAACCAUCUGAAUCCGCCAUAGCAAAGGCUCUUGAUAUCGCCAACAUCGACCGUCAAAGAACCUUGUUCUUCGAUGACAGUGUUCGAAACAUUCAGGCUGGUAAACGCAUUGGUCUGGAUACUGUUCUGGUGGGAACUUCACAGAGAGUGAAAUUUGCAGAUUAUGCGUUAGAAAACAUUCAUAACCUUAAGGAGGCUUUGCCGGAGCUCUGGGAAUCGGAGGCUAAGCCUGAAAAUGUUAGUUACUCCGGCAAACUUGCCGUUGAAACUCCGGUGAUAGCCUAAUAAUUUAACCAGUCCCGGUUAUUUGAAAGAUUCCAGCAGAAAAUUUAGUUUUUCUUUUUGGAGUAAUCUGUGUUGUAGUAGUAUUGUAAAUAGCCUUUUUCCUUCUGGCUCAUAUUAUGAGUUUAAUAAAAAUAUAAAAAAUCAGAGUCA